UAUGGAAGUAAUGCAGUUCAGCAAAGAGGAGAUAAGAGAAAUUCUAAAACUGCUGUCUGGCAUAUUGCACCUUGGAAAUAUUGAAUUCAUCACUGCUGGCGGGGCACAAGUUUCCUUUAAAAAUGCUUUAGGAAGAGCUGCCGAUCUGCUUGGGCUGGACUCAACACAGCUAACGGAAGUUCUUACACACAGAUCCAUGAUACUCAGGGGAGAAGAGAUCUCUACUCCACUUACUGUGGAGCAGGCAGUCGACAGUAGAGACUCCAUAGCUAUGGCACUUUAUUCCCAGUGUUUCACUUGGAUCAUUAAGAAAAUUAAUAGCAGGAUAAAAGGCAAAGACAAUUUCAAGUCUAUUGGCAUUCUAGAUAUAUUUGGAUUCGAAAACUUUGAGGUCAAUCAUUUUGAGCAGUUCAGUAUAAACUAUGCAAAUGAAAAACUUCAAGAAUAUUUCAACAUGCACAUUUUCUCCUUGGAACAACUGGAGUACAAUCGGGAAGGGCUAGUAUGGGAAGAUAUUGACUGGAUGGAUAAUGCUGAAUGUCUGGAUCUCAUUGAACAGAAACUCGGCAUUCUAGCUCUCAUUAAUGAAGAAAGCCAUUUCCCUAAGGGCACUGAUGGCACUUUGUUGGAGAAGUUGCAUAAUCAACACUCAAACAACCCUUUCUAUGUGAAACCCCGAGUUGCAAUUCACAAUUUUGGAAUAAAACACUAUGCAGGAGAGGUGUUGUAUGAUGUGCGGGGAGCAUUAGAGAAGAACAGGGACACAUUCAGAGAUGAUCUUCUCAAUUUAUUACGUGAUAGCAGGCAUGAUUUCAUAUAUGAUUUGUUUGAGCAUGUUUCAACUCGCAACAACCAAGAAGCACUCAAAUGUGGAAGCAAGCACAGCAAGCCAACAGUUUGUUCGCAGUUCAAGAACUCACUGCAUUCCCUGAUGGCAACAUUGAAUUCAUCAAAUCCAUUUUUUAUUCGUUGUAUCAAGCCCAACAUGUGUAAGAUGCCAGACCAGUUUGACCAGAACAUAGUACUCAACCAGUUAAGGUAUUCCGGGAUGCUGGAGACUGUAAGAAUACGACGGGCUGGUUUUCCAGUCAGGAGGCCAUUUCAGGAUUUUUACAAGAGGUAUUACAUGCUGAUGAAAAACCUUACCCCUCCUGACGACAUGAAAGGAAGAUGCUGUGCUCUUCUACGUGAAUACGAUAAGUCAAAAAAGGAAUGGCAACUUGGGAAAAGCAAGGUCUUUCUUCGUGAGUCCCUUGAACACAGGCUGGAAAAGGAGCGAGAGGAGCAAGUGUACAAGGCAGCCUUGGUCAUACAGGCACACAUUUUGGGUUACAUUGCACGAAAGAGGUACAGAAAUAUAUGUAAUUGCAUAUUAGUCAUACAGAAAAAUCUGCGAGCUGUCUUGGAAAGGAACAAGUAUCUUCGCCUUCGUAAAGCAUCUAUAAUCUUCCAGAAGCAUUUACGAGGCAAGCUUGCAAGGAGAACAUUUAAGCAGCUGUUAGAAGAAAAGCAUAGGAAAGAGGAGGAAAAACGGAGGAAAGAGGAAGAGGAACGAGAAAGAAAAAGGAUUGAAGCAGAAAUGCUUGCGCAAAAGAAGGCUGAAGAAGCUCGCAUACAGGCUGAGGAAGCAAGAAAAGCUGAAGAAGCUCGUAAACAGCACGAACUUGAACUGAAAUUGGAAGCAGAGCAAGCAGUGGAAAAGAUGAAAGAUCAGAGCAGUCAAAAGGAUAGCAACCAAGUGGAAGAGAUCCUGCGACUAGAAAGGGAGAUCCAAAAUUUGCAACGAAAGAAGGAACAGCAAGAAAUGUCACUUACAGAAGCUUCCCUUCAGAGACUUCAACAAUUGCGAGAUGAGGAACUCAAACGCCUUGAGGACGAUGCUUCCAGAGCUGCACAGGAGUUUUUAGAAUCCCUUAACUUUGAUGAAAUUGAUGAAUGUGUUCUCAACUUUGAGAAAUCCUUGGGUAGCGACUAUUCAUCUGAUCAUAGAUUGACUGUUAACUGCAGUACUGAAAAGCCAAACUUUAACUUUAACCAGCCAUAUCCUGAAGAAGAAGUUGAUGAGGGUUUUGAGGCAGAUGAUGACGCCUUUAAGGAUUCACCAAACUCUAGUGAGCAUGGACAUUCUGAUCAGAGGACCAGUGGAAUAAGGACCAGUGAUGACUCUUCAGAAGAGGAUCCAUAUAUGAAUGACACAGUAGUACCUAUGAACCCUACGACUAUUAACACAUUACUUCCCCCUUGCUCCCAGGACCUGCUUAGCUUGAAAACUUCAUCAAGUGGGGAUUCCACAUACUGCAUGCCAGAAAACAUUACUUGCUUAUUUCAGAAGCCUGGUGAUCUUAUUUCUCCUGAUGGCAGUUCUGAUUAUGACUAUGAAGAUGGAGCAAUUACUUCAGGAAGUAGUGUGGCAUUUUCUGAUCCUCAUAGUAGCCAGUGGUCUCCUGAUUAUCGGUGCUCAGUAGGUACUUACAACAGCUCUGGGAUAUACAGAUUCAGCUCUGAGGGUGCUCAAUCUUCACUUGAAGACAGCGAGGAUGAUUUUGACUCCAGGUUUGACACUGAUGAUGAACUGUCAUAUCGGAGAGACUCUGUCUACAGCUGUGUCAGCUUACCAUAUUUCCACAGCUUUUUGUACAUGAAAGGAGGUUUAAUGAAUACCUGGAAACGGCGUUGGUGUGUCUUGAAGGAUGAAACUUUCCUGUGGUUCCGCUCAAAGCAAGAGGCUUUGAAGCAAGGCUGGUUGCAUAAGAAAGGAGGCGGGUCCUCAACACUUUCUCGAAGGAACUGGAGGAGACGCUGGUUUGUCCUACGGCAGUCUAAGCUGAUGUACUUUGAAAAUGACAGUGAAGAGAAACAAAAAGGCAAUAUUGACAUCCGGGAAGCCAAAGAGAUUAUUGACAACACUGGAAAAGAGAAUGGGAUUGACGUUGUGAUGCCAGACAGAAUUUACCACCUAACUGCAGAGUCCCCUGAAGAUGCAAGUCAGUGGUUCAGUGUGUUGAGCCAGGUCCAUACUUCCACUGAACAGGAGAUCCGGGAAAUGCAUGAUGAACAAGCCAAUCCUCAGAAUGCUGUGGGCACACUCGAUGUAGGGAUGAUCGACUCAGUUUGUGCUUCAGACAACCCCGACAGACCCAAUUCGUUUGUCAUCAUUACUGCUAACCGUAUUCUACAGUGCAAUGCUGAUACUCCAGAAGAGAUGCAUCACUGGAUAACAUUGUUGCAGAGAUCAAAGGGAGACACCAGAGUUGAGGGACAGGAGUUUAUUGUCCGAGGGUGGCUACAUAAAGAGGUAAAAAACAGCUCUAAGACGUCAUCACUAAAAUUAAAAAAGCGCUGGUUUGUCUUGACUCAUAAUUCCUUGGACUACUAUAAGAGUUCUGAAAGAAAUGCUUUGAAGCUGGGUACCUUAGUACUCAAUAGCCUUUGCUCUGUGGUACCACCAGAUGAAAAGAUCUUCAAAGAAACAGGUUAUUGGAAUGUGACAGUUUUUGGACGAAAACAUUGCUAUCGCCUGUACACAAAGCUGUUGAAUGAGGCAACGAGGUGGUCAAGUGCCAUCCAGAACGGCAUUGAUGCCAAAGCACCAAUUGAUACUCCUACACAGCAGCUUAUUCUAGACAUCAGGGAAAACAGCUUGAACCCUGAAGUUGUAGAACAGAUUUAUAAGAGAAAUCCUAUUCUGCGCCACACACAUCAUCCACUGCACUCGCCACUUUUGCCACUACCUUACGGUGACAUCAACUUGACAUUACUCAGAGACAAGGGAUAUACAACCCUUCAAGAUGAAGCCAUUAAGAUUUUCAAUUCCCUGCAGCAGAUGGAGUCUGUUUCUGAUCCUGUUCCAAUAAUUCAAGGUAUCUUGCAGACAGGACAUGAUCUUCGACCUCUACGAGAUGAACUAUACUGCCAGCUUAUUAAGCAAACAAACAAAGUGCCACAACCUGCAAGUAUAGGAAACCUUCGCAAUUGGCAGAUAUUAACAUGUAUGAGUUGCACUUUCCUGCCAAGCCGUUCCAUCAUCAAGUAUUUAAAAUUUCACCUCAAAAGAACACGGGAACAGUUUUCAGGAACAGAGAUGGAGAAGUAUACUAUGUUUAUUUAUGAAUCUCUUAAGAAGACCAAAACACGAGAAUGUGUACCAUCUAGAGAAGAAGUACAGGCUCUAAUUAACCGACAGGAAAUGACAAGUACGGUUUACUGCCAUGGAGGAGGUUCCUGCAAGAUUACUACUGACUCUCACACAACAGCAGGCGAGGUUGUUGAGAAGCUGAUUCGUGGCCUAGCAAUGGAGGAUAGCAGAAACAUGUUUGCUCUCUUUGAGCGCAGUGGAACAGUUGAUAAAGCAAUUGAAAGCAGAACAAUUGUGGCAGAUGUCCUGUCUAGAUUUGAAAAGCUAUCUGCUAAUGCAGAGGGAGAAGACGAGACAUGGAAAUUGUACUUCAAGCUGUAUUGCUUCCUGGACACAGAUAAUGUACCUAAAGACAGUGUGGAAUUUGCAUUUAUGUUUGAGCAGGCUCAUGAAGCUGUUAUCAGAGGCCAUUACCCUGCUCCAGAAGAGACACUUCAGUUUCUUGCUGCUUUGCGACUCCAGUACCUUCAAGGAGACUUCUCUUUACAUACCACUACACCUGAAAUGGAGGAGGUUUACCCAAUGCAGAGGCUGAAGUCACGGAUUGCACAGACCACAAAGACUUCUACUCCAUCAUCUGAAAGAAUUGAAAGGAAGCGUUCUGGCUUCCUAGAUGGAACACUGAGGCGGAGCUUCAGGAGUGGCUCCAUCAGUAAGCAGAAGAUGGAAGAGGAGCAGAUGUUGGAGAUGUGGACAAAAGAAGAAAUAACCUCUACCAAAGCCAGCAUUCAUGACAAGUGGAAGAAGCUUCAGGGUGUGAGUCAGGAGCAAGCUAUGGUCAAAUAUAUGUCUAUCAUUAAAGAGUGGCCUGGGUAUGGCUCAACCUUAUUCGAUGUGGAGUGUAAAGAAGGUGGAUUCCCACAGGAACUUUGGUUGGGUGUCAGCGCUGAUGCUGUGUCUGUGUAUAAACGUGGAGAAAGCCGACCUCUUGAGAUCUUCCCAUAUGAGCAUAUCCUGUCCUUUGGAGCACCUUUUUCAAACACAUACAGAAUCACAGUGGAUGAACGAGAACUUGUUUUUGAGACAAGUCAGGUGGUUGAUAUUGCCAAGUUGAUGAAGGCUUACAUCAGCAUGAUUGUGAAAAAGCGGUACAGCACUGCUCAGUCAAUGAGUAGCCAUGGAAGCGGAGGGAGCUGCAGGUGAAAGAAACACAAUAGACUUAUCAGUGUGUGACAGAAAUCAUUAGCUUUUUCACAUGAAUAUAAAUGUGUUUGCAAGAAGACAACCAGACUAGAUGAUGUAAAAAGUUGCGGAAACCUGUCUUAACUUCAGCAAAGGAUCCCUGAUGAUGUAACACUUAAUCGUUCCAGGGGACUGAAAAAUAUAGGACAUAAUUUUGACUAAUAUUCUGAAUACCUCCUCAGAGCUUUAUCUGUUUUAACCAAGAUGCCUUUAAAUGUGUAGUACAGUUCCACUUGUGGCUGGACCACAAGAAGUGCCUUAUAAUGUGGUAAUAUGAACAUUAUCAUGACAGCAGCAGGGUUAUGGACUUCAUUACAAGAGGCUUGAAAAAACCCCUCAUAUACUCUAGAGACGUGAAGAGGUGGCGGAUUUUUCAUUUCAAGAUGGUGCUCAGUACUUAUGAGCUUACCUUCACCCUGUUGAGAAGUAUUUUAUUUGGAAUGCUGCUGGCAGUAUUCCUCAUGAACAGCAUUAUUACUGUUUUGUUGUUUUUAUUGUGGUUUGUGUCAUACCUAAGCUCUAACUGUAAUCCGUAUAUUGAAGCAUUUUAUUGCAAAGGGAGUUAUGAUGUGCAAUGAUGUAUACAAUAUUUUAUAUGUACAUUUUAAUGGCUGAAGAAAUGUAGUUAUGUUUGGAUUAAGUCAUUGACAUUAAUAAAUUGGGACAGUCCAUUUUUCUGCAGUGUAUAAUCCAGUGAAAGAAGACUUUUCCAACAGUUUAAUAUAUAUAAUAUAUAACAGUCAUAGAUUCUGCUAUUAUAAAUUGAACUUUUGUAAGCUAGCACAUUAAAAGAAAACACACAUUAUUUAUACUGUUCAUAAUUUUUAAUAUACAGACUCAUUAAUCUAUUAUUACUCAGUAUUUGAAAUAUAUUUUAGAUCCUAAGCAUUCCCUGGUUUAAAGUUGCUGUAGACCUGCAGCUCAAUGCAAUAGUAUUUCUACUUCAUAAUGGUGCAAAAGUUGUAUUACCUCUCUUAUCUGCUGACUGUUAUUACCAGCAAAGAUAAUGUCCCUGCCAGCUUUAUCUAGUGUCUUUGAACUUUAUUUUUGUACCAUAAAAUGCUGUUUGGAAUAAUAAAAUACAUCUGCAUUCA